AUGAAUGGGGAGAAGCCCUUAACAGAGACCGAGGGCCAGCAGCACGACGAGUUGGAAAUAACAACAGAGCUUCACAGGGAGAUGAAAGGUUUGGCAGAUAUGGCAGAGCUGGGUGUGGGGCUUCCCCAGAAGAGGAGGUGGCCUGAGCACGGGCUUGGAAGUGGGAAAGAAGAGACACAGGAUAAACCCAGAGCAGCUGGAAUGAGGCUCCAACUGGCCAAGGAAAGAUAUCUUGGGACAGUUCUCUGUGUUCUCCUACAUAAAGAUGGCAACAGUAGAAGGGAGACAUUGCCAUUCUGGCUGUCCUUGGGAUUUAGACUUGAGUUGUUAAUUCCUUCCUGCCUCACAGGAGAGGAAAGGAUUGGCGAACACCAUAUUAAGAUCAGUCAAAUCCUUCUUACUCCCUUACAGGUAAGCACAGACACCUCCAGCUUGCGAAGGGCAGAUCCAAAAGGCCGGAGUGCGCUGUUGGCUGAUAUCCAGCAAGGAACUCGCCUGCGCAAAGUCACGCAGAUCAACGACCGCAGCGCCCCGCAGAUCGAGAGUUCUAAAGGAACCAACAAAGAAGGAGGAGGUUCUGCAAACACACGAGGUGCGAGCACACCUCCCACCCUGGGAGAUCUGUUUGCUGGUGGCUUUCCUGUAUUGCGACCAGCAGGCCAGCGGGAUGUAGCAGGUGGCAAGACAGGGCAGGGCCCUGGCUCCCGCGCGCCCUCUCCCAGGCUUCCCAACAAAACCAUCAGCGGCCCGCUUAUCCCGCCUGCCUCUCCCAGGCUAGGCAAUACCUCCGAGGCGCAUGGCGCUGCCAGAACAGCCCCGCCUCGCCCCAACGUGCCUGCCCCGCCCCCUCCCACCCCACCCCCUCCGCCACCACCCUUACCCCCGCCCCUUCCCUCUUCCUCCCCCAUCAAAACUCCGCUUGUGUCCCCACCUGGCCCACUGACCAAAGGGAACCUUCCGGUGGUUGCACCCCCUGUGCCCUGUGCGCCACCACCUCCACCUCCGCCACCUCCCCCAACGCCACCCCCGCUGCCCCCGGCCUCGGUUCUUAGUGACAAGGCAGUGAAGCCUCAGCUAGCUCCCUUGCACCUCCCGCCCAUCCCGCCCCCACUCCCUCUCCUCCCACCUUUCGGGUAUCCCGGGCUCAAAGCGGAGCCCGCCAGCCCUGCGCAAGAUGUGCAGGAGCCUCCAGCCCCGCCACCCCCGCCGCCCCCGCUCCCCACUUAUGCUUCGUGCUCCCCGAGGGCUUCUUUGCCCGCGCCCCCUUUGCCAGGAGCUAAUAACAGCAGUGAAACCCCACCCCCGCUACCCCCCAAAUCCCCCAGCUUCCAGGCCCCACCGCAGAAGGUCAGUGCGCAGGCCUUGCCCGCCCCGCCUGCCCCUCCGGGCUCCCAGACGUUCCUGCAGAAGAAGAGGCACGGCCGACCAGGGGCCGGUGGGGGAAAGCUAAAUCCACCUCCAGCACCCCCUGCAAGAUCACCUACCACAGAGCUUUCAAGCAAGAGCCAGCAGGCCACAGCCUGGACCCCGAUGCAGCAGUCUGGAGGUCAGCUGCGAAAUGGAAGCCUGCACAUCAUCGAUGACUUUGAGUCUAAAUUCACGUUCCAUUCUGUGGAAGACUUUCCCCCUCCGGAUGAAUAUAAACCAUGCCAGAAGAUUUACCCCAGCAAGAUUCCCAGAAGCCGGACACCUGGUCCCUGGCUCCAAGCGGAGGCAGUCGGGCAGAGCUCUGAUGACAUCAAAGGCAGAAAUUCUCAGUUAUCUCUGAAGACUCUUCGGUGAGAAGACAGAUGAAGCCAAGGUCCUGGGGUUCCAGGUUGCAGAACAACAUGUCAGACCCCGCCCACCCCAUGCUCAAGCUGUAAUUCAGUUGGCAUACAGGCUUGGAAUUGAGAAUUUAUUUAUUGUAAAUAUGUGGUUUGCACGGGCUUUAAAGCAGUAUUUUAAUGGACUUUUAUUUCAGUAAUAUUUUUUAAAACACCCCUCAUUUUUCCGUUUUUUACACUGCAUCUUGGCAUUUGUCUGUCAGCUCAGAUAGAGCCCUGUCCCUCCACCUAGUGCCCGCUCCAUGACUGUGAAUAUGCUUGCAGGCUGGCCCUUCCUAGAUUCUGAACCAUUUGUAGAGAGUCCUUCGUUUGCAGGUAGCCCCAAAGUUAUAAAUAUCCACAACGGCUUCUUAUUGGCAUGAUUUUAUAUUCUCAUCACACUAACUGCAAAAUCAAACCAAACAAUGCCUUAUCAAUGAUGCAGCUCAGAGGAAGUAGUGUGUUCCCCACACCCAGACAGUGCCGCGCGGCCUCCAGGGAACGAGAUGCCAUGUCUCGCUUUCAUUUUGCAGUACAGGGAUUUUUUUUUUUUCUGCUUAAUGUAAAUAUAUCACAAAGUAAAGGCAAGAGUGGGCUUGGCCCCUCAGAUGCCGACCACAGGGCCCCUUUUGUAACUGAAUAAUCCUCCAAGUAGCCAAUGCUCCUACUGUUUACAGUGUCCCUAGUGCCCAAGUCUCUGUCACUUUCCUUCUGUUCCCUCCAAGUUCCCAGUCCCAUCCCGGUAGCCAGCUUUACGAGAUUUUGCUGUUUCUUCCCUGCAGAUUAAAAACAUACACAACUCAUCAUUAUGCUAAACUACCAAUUGUAUCUCAGAGGUCUCCCCUUCUGCCCUUGCUUCAAGUGUGGACUUCAUGGAAAAUAUGACAUGAAAAAGUGUAGAAUGAAACAUCGUGUGAAAUACCUGC